AUGGCGUCGGCUGUGAAGAGAAGGCGGCCAAAUUUUUCCACCGAGGAAGUUUUAGCCCUCAUCACAGCGGUGCGGCAAAGAUGGCACACCAUCACAGGGCCGAUGUCAUCUUGCCUCACCGCUGCAGCCAAACAACGAGCUUGGGAAGCUGUGGUGGAGGAGGUCAACGCCGUGAGUGGGGUCGGGCGCAGCGUGGAGGAGGUGCGCGUGAAGUUCUCUGACUUCAAGCGCCACACCAAGAAGAAGCUCGGAGACUUAGGACGUGGCGGCUCUGUACAAACGGACACCCUCACCGAUGCUGAGGACGCCAAGGCGCAGGUGCUGGACCCUGCAGUUGUAGCGGGCACAGGAUCUGGUUUAGAAUCAGAUCCUCGUCCAACACCUUCUGUGUCCGCAGGUGGCGGCUCUGUACAAACGGACACCCUCACCGAUGCUGAGGAGGCCAAGGCGCAGGUGCUAGACCCUGCAGUUGUAGCGGGCACAGGAUCUGGUUUAGAAUCAGAUCCUCGUCCAACACCUUCUGUGUCCGCAGGUGGCGGCUCUGUACAAACGGACACCCUCACCGAUGCUGAGGAGGCACAGGCGCAGGUGCUAGACCCUGCAGUUGUAGCGGGCACAGGAUCUGGUUUAGAAUCAGAUCCUCGUCCAACACCUUCUGUGUCCGCAGCUGAAGUGAACGGACUAUAG